UAGUCUGGAAUGUUGAGCCAUAGGCUAAAUGGAGAGGCUCAAAGAGAGUGUGUCUCCAGUGUCAGCAAAUUAUCUUUUUACCUUUUCUGAAAGCUCCAGUCACUAUAGACAACCAUCUGGCUAAGGCCUAAAGCAUUUUAAAUUGGUUGCCUCCAAAUAUGAGAGUAUCAUCAAAUAGGUCUCUAUGUUUACCAAUGUCUAAAAGCAGUGGUUCUUGCAACACUUUUGUAUGGCUCUGACAGGGCCGGCCUUAGGGCACUGCAACCUAUGCGGCCGUAGUGGGCCCUGCACCUUCAUAGGCCCCGCGCUAACUCUAUUUGUAAAUUAUUAAAUUAAACCAUUUAAACUUAACAGAGUUUCCGCUGCCUCCUGAUUUUCCAGGAGCUCCUGGAAAUCUGAAAUUAUUAAAAUAUCCUGAAAACUCAUAAAAAUGUCCUGAAAAAUAGACAAAAUUGUCUAACACCAAUCCUACUCGCCAUUAAAAAAAAAUGGCAAUGUCAGCUUUCAUUUAAUAAAAAUAAUAAGGUGAAUUUUAAGCAAAACAAAAAGUUCCAAUACUUAAUUUAAUGUAAUAGUCACUGGCAUAUAUAUAUAGAUCUAAAUCUAUCUCGAUCUCUUAAAAAAUCUAGUAAAUCUAAAAGGCAGUAUGUGAAUGUUAUUGGCUUUUUGUUGGAAAACUAUCUUCUCCUAUGGAUGGCUCGUAAAGUUAAUUUGACCGUGAUUUUGUACUUUAGUAAAAUGCAUAGAUAAUUAUUUAUUUUCAAACAAACAAAUCUUAAUUUUCACUUAUUAUCCUUAUCCCUAUUCAGACUAGGCCCUGCGCAAUCCGUUUCGCAUAGGGCCCCGUAAUCUGUUGGACCGGCCCUGGACUCUGACACUUGGGUGUUCUAAGGCUCUUGUUAGGCCCCUCCACACUGUAACUUGGGCAGAUAAGUCUAAAUGGAGGUAACACUCAAUUAACCAAAUCAGAUAACACAGGUGAAAGGUCAACAAUGCAGAAAAUACUCAAUAACGAUGUCGAAUAAGGCGUUUAAUAUGUAAUGAAUGGAACCGUCUAAUGUUGCUUAGCCAAAACGUUCCCUAUUGAUGAAACAACUUUUCGCACCAAAUUCCUAUUAUAAUAGUGUCCUAACAUUCCUUAAACCAUAUUAUUCCAUCAAAGCUCCAUAAUGGACAUACAUUGACAACACUACCAUACAAAUGUCCAUAUGUUCUGUUGGAAGCACUAUUUACUAUUCGACAGCUGGUCAGACACCAGUCCCGCAUGGUGCAAGACCACAUUCCGAUGCAAUUUUCUUUUUUGGCAAGUUUAAAAUAAGAUGUUGUGACAGAAGUAUCCUUAUGAGCACUAUAAAGAAAAGAUCAGUUCAGGUAUGUUUUGCCCUCACUAGCAUAUAGGCCCUAUUGGGGUAAGCAGUUGGCAGCUGAUGGUCUCUGAAAUAAUAUGAAACUCCAAAAUAUAAAUUUAUAUUUCUUUCUCUAGAAAUACAAACAAGGAGCAUCUUUUUUUUUGUUUACUCACGAAGCGGCCACAUCCCUGUUGUCACUUUGAGUUGACUAUAAAUAGACUAUAGACUAGAUCCAUAUCUAGAGAGGUAAAGAGCAAGCUUCUAAAUGUCUUAAUGCACUCAGAGAACAGAAGUCUUUUCUAGAGAAGAGUGAUGUUGAUUUCAGCCCUUUGUGUCUGCGCACUGACGACUUAGUAGAGCUCAAGCAGCUAGUAUUGAUGCACAUACCAUCCUCACUGAAUGCAGAAACAUGCACAAAAAUAACUCAUCUAGUUCAAUCAGCUUUUAAUGGUCAGUGCAAAGCUAUACUUUCCAUCACCUUACUGACCUGCCCUUGGUAUGAGCUUUCAAAGAGAGAAAGGGGGGAGCAAGCUAAACACAACAUCCUUUACAUUAUUUUCACAUCUGCAGAUGAGCAUUUCUUUGCUCCUGCCAACUCUCAGAUCAGGGAAGAAGCUAGUGUUAUUGAUUUGGCAUGGUUGUGUGCAAUAGAACUAACCCACUUUGGUCGGGCUCUGGCUAGAGGGUUAACACGAAGUGUACAGGCUCUGCACUGUAGUAAAGAGGCAGAGAUUUUUUCAACACAAGAAUGGAAUAAUUUGAAACAAAAUUUAACUUUUCUCAAAAUUGCUGGAACAAAAACUUUUAAACAAGCAUGUUUAGGUCAAGCACUGGGUGUUGGAAAGAAGAAGAAGCAAGGUGCUUUUAAGUUACGCCCUGGAACCUCUAUCUUUAAAAUUUGUCAAUCAUUUAGGCUUUGUCAUCUUGUUGAGCAAGCACUGAAACAAAAUGAUGACAUUUCUACUGUGGAUGAAAGUCAACUUUCACUUGUUGCUUCAAAGGCUGUGGACCUGAUUUGUCAGUUCUAUGAUCAUCCAGACUCUGUGAAGUGCAAGCAUGAGCUAUUUGAUUUAUUAUGUCAAUGGGUUAAUGAAUUGAAGGCAGAUCAUCGUGUCAUUGAGAUGGACUCAGACAAAAAAAAUCAGACCUUCAUUAGCACAACAUUAGGUUCAUGGUUAACGUCAACCAGACUUCAGGGAAAGAAAAUUAAACCUUUUGCUGCAUUACCUGAUGACCAUUCUCAACUGUUAAAAAUAAUGCAGGAAAUAGGGGGUCCAAUGGCUAAAAUACAACCAGAACAGAUUUUACUGGUUACCAUUGCUGGUAGCGCUCUGUACAAUUUGAAGGUUCCAGACUCUGAUGUUGAUUACCUUGUGGUGUAUGCCUUGCCAACUGAAACUUUACUGUCUGCAACAAGUAAGGUUCAAGAAUGCUAUGAAUGUAGAGGUCAGCAUCAAGUCAUUGAGUAUGGUGCCUAUGAAGCCAGAACAUUUUGCGAGAUGCUUCUCAAAUGUAGUGUGAUAUUGCUGGAGAUAUUGUACACUGAUGAGCAUGUAUACUCCAAUCAUCUCUGGCAGGAACUUUCCAAACAUAAGAAAGAAUUUGUCACUGAAAAAGCCAUACUUCAGUAUUUAGGAUUAAUAAAAAAUAACAUGAAGUCUAUAGCGACAGGAAAACUGGUGCAUUCUGUCAAAAGGGACAGAAAGCUUUUCUAUCAGAAUUUUCAUAAGCUUCAUUGCCUGCAGUACAUGAUGACUGGGGAGGUGCCACCUGUCAGGUUAAAUGGCCCAAUAAGGGACUUUGUAAUGAAUGUUAGAACACAACAUGAAGGGGAGUGGAGUAGAGAGAGUAUUUUGAAACAGUUACAUGACCAGUACAGAGAUGUGAAAGAAAAAUUGGCUCAAAGAGAGAGCAGGUUGAAGGAGAAUCCUGAUUAUAACCUGUGUAUGCAAUGGCUCAUGACCUGUAGAGGCUUAUGAUUGCUACUUAUUGGUUUAUGUGAUUUUUUUUUUCGAACUGUUCAAAGAUCUAAGUAUGUCUACCUUUUGGCAUCUUCCAAAAUUUCUAAAAAAUUUUGUAUCAUUAUUGUACAUUUUUUUUUUUUACAAUAUUGUGAAAACUAGGAGCCCAUACUUGCGAUAAUUACAUGUUUAACUAAAAAUUAUAUUUUAUUUAUUUUUUUUUUUUUGGUUUCAUUUGUGUAAUAAUCGUAUAUAUUUAAUCAAAUAUAGCAAUUUUAAGUAAAGAAAAAAUAAUGAUUAAAAGCUUUCAAAUUUAGAGUUAAUAUUCAUUUAGUUGUCAACCAGUUUAGUGUAAGAUUAUUGAUACAUUUUGUGAAUUAUAUUUUAUUUCACCUAAUGUACAGUACAUAACGUAUUUUCCUGAAUUUGUAGUUUUCAGGGAGGGAACAUGGAGGCUGAGUGAACACUAUAUAUUUGCAUAAGUGUUGCAUUUAUCUACUGGCAGAGUUGUGCAUGUUUGUUCUUGGUGAAUCAAAUUUUAAUAAUUACUUUUUUCAUUUUUUUGUGAUUCUAGAUCUUAUUUGUAAGCAUUCCUCUGUACAUUUUUGUACACAAUACUACAUAAUUUAAUGUGCCUCUCUAUUUCUAUUCAUUUCAAUCAGCAAACUAAUAUACAUUUUUUUUUAUCAAAAUGAAAUUUAGUUAUAAACAAUGUUAUACAUGUUCCAGAAUUUUUAUGAUACCAAUAAAAUCUUGCUUUUUGUUUGCAGCCUUGCUAGAGAACAGCUUCUAUUUGUGUUUGUGUUGCUCCGUCUGUGUUAAGAGCUCAGUAACUAAAAAUAUUGUCGAUAUUGUGAACCAAAUAGAUUAAACUGCUUUAAAAUGAAAUAUACAUAUAUAUCCAAUGCACAUACAAGUAAAACAUCUGUAUAACAAGGUGUCUUACACUGUCUAAUUUGUUUGAUGAGUUUUGUUAGUUAAGAUUAUUUAUUUUGUAAUUGAGUUUCAAACCUGUUGCAUGACAGCAGGGUAUAACACUGCAGGAUUCAAACUCAGAACCAUCAUGAUGACUGUGAACAGCACAUACCAUGCAUCCAACCUUUUUUACUUCAUUUUUUUCUUUUUUGUAUUAAAAAAUAGGGGCAACCUA